UCGCAACCGAAUACCAAAACACAAAUGAUGCCAGUAUCACAAGAGAAAACCAACGACAAGAUACCAGCAAAAGUACACAAUCGGCAACAAGAGAGACCGAAUAUACUAAACUUGCCAAUACCGAAAGAUAUUAAUAUAAAGAUAUUGCCAAAAACAACGAAAAGGAAAAGCAUUGAUACGCAAACACAGAAUAAUAAAAGAAAAUCGAAUAUACCAGAAAACGAGAUAUUGCCAAUACCAAUACCGCAAGAAAAAAGCAGUUUGACCAUAGUGCCAAUACCACCAAUACCAUCUAAUAAUGUUAAGGUAUCGCCAGAGAGAAAAGACGGCGUCGAUAUGGCAACACAGUGCGAUGGAAAAGUGUUGCCAGUUAAGCCACCACAGCCGCCAAACAGGACUAUAGAUUGGGAAGAUCGAAUACCAAUGGAUGUUAUAUCUUUUAUGGAAACUACGGAACCAGCAAACGUUCCGAUGACCAUGACGAACAGCAGUAUGAAGGUAUACCAAAGAAGAUCGCCAUCAACCCGAAACGUUAACUAAGAUAUUAUUAAUAAACAUUCUCAUGUAUAAAAAACUAGCUGUUGCCCGCGACUUCGUC